AUAGACCUUUACCUGCUGAUCAAAACACAGCCAGCAAGAUUCGACUACCUCAUCUAACGGACGAAGAUGUCUCGUCCAGCAGCCGAAAUAAUGGACACUGACAGCGAGGACGAGUUACCUCCUGGCUGGGAGGAGCGAGUGACGCUGGAAGGAAAAGUCUACUAUGCCAACCACGAGUCUGCCAACACACAGUGGGACCAUCCUUGCACUGGCAAGAAGAAGAGAAUAAAAGGAGAGCUGCCAUAUGGUUGGGAGAUCAAGUUUUCAGAAGAUGGAAAUGUCUAUUAUGUCGACCACAUCAACUCGAAAACGACAUAUACGGACCCAAGGCUGGCAUUUGCAGAGGAGAUCAAAGACUCACCCUUGGACUUCCGUCAGAAGUUUGACAGUAGCAGCAGUGCACUACAUGUCUUGCAAGGUCGAGACAUCUCGGGCAAAUAUGCCGUUAUUACUGGAGCCAAUUCUGGAAUUGGUUAUGAGACCGCCCGCUCACUGGCUCUACACGGUGCCACAGUAGUCCUGGCCUGCCGCAACAUGGAGGCGGCAAAUACAUGUCGGUCACAGAUUCUGGCCGAGAGAUCCGAGGCAAAGGUGGAGGUGAUGCACAUUGACUUGGCAUCACUUGCGAGCGUCCGUCAGUUUGCCCAGCAGUACAUUCAACAUGGCUGGCCUCUACACAUCCUCAUCCUAAACGCAGCAGUGUUCGGUCUGCCAUAUACACGGACAGAGGAUGACCUUGAGAUGACCUUCCAAGUGAACCAUCUGGCCAACUUCUACCUGCUGCAGCUUCUUGAAGAAACCCUUGUCCAGUCCCGGCCAGCAAGGGUGGUGGUUGUGUCCAGUGAGUCUCACAGGUUCACAGACCUGGAUGUAAACAAUCUGAGCGAGAGCAAGCUGUCCCCUCCGAGCACCCACUACCAAGACCUCAAGGCCUACAAUCUGUCCAAGCUGUGCAAUGUGCUGUUCUCCAAUGAGCUGAAUGCCCGGCUGUCUGUGCGGGGUGUAACGUGUAACUCGCUCCACCCUGGCAACAUGAUGUCCUCCAGCCUGGCCAGACACUGGUGGUUCUACAGACUCCUCUUCACGCUUGUCAGGCCGUUCACCAAGUCUAUGCAACAAGGAGCCUCAACUACCGUAUACUGUGGCGUGUCCCUGGACCUGGAGGGGCUGGGAGGGAUGUACUUCAACAACUGCUGCAGGUGUAUGCCCUCCCCCGCCUCAUGCGAUGACAAACUAGGCCGGGCAUUGUGGGAAAUUAGUGGGAAACUCCUCGCAAGCAGGACUAUGGGUGUCACAACACAGACUGAAGAUCAGGAAGAUAGGUGAGAUUCAGACCAGAACUGAAAGUGACAACAGAGGGAGACAAGAUGGCAGACACGGAACAUACAUGGCCGACACAGUGUUUUGUUAUAUGUUCAGGACCUUCAAGCCAACAGUGACACAAAGGUGGGGUCAUUUUCAAGAAGCUGAUGGAUCAAAGACAACUUGUCUUGAAACAAAUGAUCAGUCCCCGAUGAUUCUAGGACCACUGAACUGUCAUCAACUGUCGCUUGUUUUGUGGGCUGAAUCAAUAGGUAUUCAACAAAAUAUUGCUGGAUCAAAUUCUUAAAAAGCGUUGUCAAUUUCUUUAUUGAUGAAUAAGAGAUUUGUAAAACAAUUGAAACAAUUAUUAAUACCGUAUUCAACGUAAUAUGCACCCCGCUCCAAUAAGAGCCUACGGCGAUAUUUGCACCCCUUCCGAUUGAUCAAUAUACACAAGACUUAUUUAUUGGUAUAUAAUACGCACCCGUGUCUUAUAUGCACCCUUAAUUAUGGGCAAUUGAAUUCUGGAAAAAUAUAUCUGUCAUAUGUAACCAUUUCAGGCUGUCAGCACGAAAUUUAAGAAUUUCAACUGGUUUUUUUUCACUAAAAUAAUAUUCUAAUAAGAGCCCCCUAUUUCUAACUUUGAGAGCGCACUGGGCGCUUAUUACGUCGAAUACGGUAUGUCAAUUAACAGAUUCUUGGGUAGAGAGCCAGUCAUGCAGCCUUGCAUGUCGGCGUAUCGACUUCGAAGCUUUGUAACAAAGCUCAUGACACCAGUACCAUGUUCCAGUCAGGCCAAUCUAGUACAGUAAGGAAGAAGUCACACAAUGCUAGGGAUGGGUAUUGGAUGUUAAAAGGGCACCACUUUUUUUUGCAAUGCACAAGGCGUAUCACAUAUCAUGAUAUAUUGUAUAAUUCUUUUUUUAUCAUUCAGAAGCAAUCUGAUACAUUGAGGUAUGAACUGAAGUUCAAACAAGAUGCUGGUACAACAUAAUGUUUACUCAUUCACUAAAUACACAGCCAUCUUGAUGCCCGGAUGCAUUUGACAAGUAUAUAACAUUAGAGACAUGAUAAAAAUCCCAAUUUGAAAUCACCUGAUAUAUCACACAUGAAAAAAUGAUAUUGUGAUACGUACCGUGGACGGAAUGACCCUCAGUUUACCGAUAUACCGGUAAUACCUCACACCCUUACACAGUGCUGUGGAAUCCAUGGAACAUGCUUCAUGAUGUCGUAUAAACAUUGCUCCUAUCUGGUGUGAAUGUACCAGCAAGUUGAGCACUUUGACAAAGUUUGUUACAAGUGCAUGUUGUGUUAAAAUAUGGGAUUUGCAUUGGAAACAAUGCACAGGACUGAAGUACUCGGGUUAUGUGUCUUGCAUCAUAAUUGACAUACCUGUGGCAAUGCUGAACUCUGAAUGAUCACACUGGUACUGUGAGUUACCAUUAACCACUACAUGGCAGGGAGAGACUCAAGAUACAAGGGAGAGACUCAAGAUACAAGGGAGAGACUCAAGAUACAAGGAGAGACUCAAGAUACAAGGGAGAGACUCAAGAUACAGAGAGAGACUCAAGAUACAAGGGAGAGACUCAAGAUACAAGGAGAGACUUAAGAUACAAGGGAGAGACUCAAGAUACAAGGGAGAGACUCAAGAUACAAGGGAGAGACUCAAGAUACAAGGGAGAGACUCAAGAUACAAGGGAGAGACUCAAGAUACAAGGAGAGACUUAAGAUACAAGGGAGAGACUUAAGAUACAAGGGAGAGACUCAAGAUACAAGGGAGAGACUCAAGAUACAAGGGAGAGACUCAAGAUACAAGGGACAGACUCAAGAUACAAGGAGAGACUCUAGAUACACGGGGAGACUCAAGAUACAAGGGAGAGACUCAAAAUACAAGGAGAGACUCAAGAUACAAGGGAGAGACUCAAGAUACAAGGGAGUGACUCAAGAUACAAGGGAGAGACUCAAGAUACAAGGGAGAGACUCAAGAUACAAGGGAGAGACUUAAGAUACAGGGGAGAGACUCAAGAUACAAAGGAGAGACUUAAGAUACAAGGAGAGACUUAAGAUACAAGGGAGAGACUUAAGAUACAAGGGAGAGACUCAAGAUACAAGGGACAGACUCAAGAUACAAGGAGAGACUCAAGAUACAAGGGAGAGACUCAAGAUACAGGGGAGAGACUCAAGAUACAAGGGAGAGACUUAAGAUACAGGGUAGAGACUCAAGAUACAAGGGAGAGACUCAAGAUACAGGGGAGAGACUCAAAAUACAAGGAGAGACUUAAGAUACAGGGGAGAGACUCAAGAUACAAAGGAGUGACUCAAGAUACAAGGGAGAGACUCAAGAUACAAGGGAGAGACUCAAGAUACAAGGAGAGACUUAAGAUACAAGGGAGAGACUUAAGAUACAAGGGAGAGACUCAAGAUACAAGGGAGAGACUCAAGAUACAAGGGAGAGACUCAAGAUACAAGGGACAGACUCAAGAUACAAGGAGAGACUCUAGAUACACGGGGAGACUCAAGAUACAAGGGAGAGACUCAAAAUACAAGGAGAGACUCAAGAUACAAGGGAGAGACUCAAGAUACAAGGGAGUGACUCAAGAUACAAGGGAGAGACUCAAGAUACAAGGGAGAGACUCAAGAUACAAGGGAGAGACUCAAGAUACAAGGGAGAGACUCCAGAUACAAGGAGAGACUUAAGAUACAAGGGAGAGACUCAAGAUACAAGGGAGAGACUCAAGAUACAAGGGAGAGACUCCAGAUACAAGGGAGAGACUUAAGAUACAAGGGAUAGACUCAAGAUACAAGGAGAGACUCAAGAUACAAGGGAGAUACUUAAGAUACAAGGAGAGACUUAAGAUACAAGGGAGAGACUUAAGAUACAAGGAGAGACUCAAGAUACAAGGGAGAGACUCAAGAUACAAGGGAGAGACUUAAGAUACAGGGGAGAGACUCAAGAUACAAGGGAGAGAUUAAAGAUACAAGGGAGAGACUCCAGAUACAAGGGAGAGACUCCAGAUACAAGGGAGAGACUCCAGAUACAAGGAAAAGACUCAAGAUACAAGGAGAGACUUAAUAUACAAGGGAGAGACUCAAGAUACAAGGGAGAGACUUAAGAUACAAGUAGAGACUCAAGAUACAAGGGUGAGACUCAAGAUACAAGGGAGAGACACAAGAUACAAGCAACAGACUCAAGAUACAAGCAACAGACUCAAGAUACAAGCAACAGACUCAAGAUACAAGGAGAGACUCAAGAUACAAAGGAGAGACUCAAGAUACAAGGGAGAGACUCAAGAUACAAGGGAGAGACUCAAGAUACAAGG